ACUUAACAGCAGCAUACCGACACACACACACACACACACACACACUGUACUUAAACCUUAACAGGCCAAGUUAGCCUGUCCGGGACGCAGGAGCGAAAGAUAUUCAAGCACUUAAUUUGCAGGUGUAACGUUCUUUUUUGAGUGCCGCGUUAGCAGGCUAACGAUAGUUGGCCGAAACUCCGCUGAAAACCUUCCACUGCAGGCUGCUGGACUUGACAGAUCCAGCUAUGUGAGCUGCUCUGAUGUUUGGAUUCCUGAAUCCAUACAGUGCCUGGUUGAGACGGCUCUCAAGCUGGUCUGGAGGACAACACUGUUGCUGUGACAGAAAUAUCCAGCAGACCUGCAGCUGAUUUGGCUGAACAGGUGUAUGUUGGUCAGGAUUGUAGCAUAACCCCCCCCCAGAACUGCCUCCAUCCUCCCCUCCUCUCCCUCUGCACACACCUCAUAGGACUACUAUGCCGCUGGGAUUGGGAAGAAGGAAGAAGGCGUCCCCGUUAGUCGAGAACGAGGAAGCAGAGCCCAUCCGCGCAGGUCUCAAUGUGCCAGGUAUGGAAGGCAUAGAUGGCGGUGUUGUUGGGCUGGGAGAAGGUGCCACCUCUGAAGGCCUGCCGCCUCCACCUAACAGCAUGCGACCUCGCCUCAUCUUCCACACCCAGCUCGCUCACGGCAGCCCCACAGGCCGCAUUGAGGGCUUCAGUAAUGUGCGGGAGCUUUACGCCAAGAUUGGUGAGGCCUUUGGGAUACUGCCGUCAGAGGUUAUGUUUUGCACUCUGAACACCCACAAGGUGGACAUGGAUAAACUGUUGGGAGGUCAGAUAGGGCUAGAGGACUUUAUUUUUGCCCACAUUAAAGGCCAGAGAAAGGAGAUAGAGGUGUUCAAAGGGGAGGAUGCACUGGGAUUGACGAUCACUGAUAAUGGAGCUGGCUACGCUUUCAUCAAGAGGAUCCGCGAGGGCAGCAUCAUCCACCAGAUCCAGGUUAUAAACGUGGGCGAUAUGAUAGAGUCAAUUAAUGGCCAUCGCCUUAUCGGCUGUCGACACUACGAAGUGGCGAAGAUGCUAAAGGAGCUUCCCAAAGGAAAAGAGUUCACCAUCAAGCUGGUGGAGCCUCUAAAAGCCUUUGACAUGAUCAGCCAGAGGUCUGGAGGAUCUAGGUCUGCAUCAGGGGUUCAACUGGGGACCGGCAGAGGAACCCUUCGACUUCGCUCUAAAGGUCCUGCAACUGUGGAGGAACUGCCUUCUGCAUUUGAGGAAAAGGCCAUCGAGAAGGUGGAUGACCUGCUUGAGAGUUAUAUGGGCAUCAGAGACAGUGAGCUGGCGGCUACCAUGGUGGAGCUGGGAAAAGACAAAAAGAACCCAGAUGAAUUUGCCGAGGCUUUAGAUGAAACCCUGGGAGACUUUGCCUUCCCCGAUGAGUUUGUUUUCGAUGUCUGGGGUGCCAUCGGCGACGCUAAGGUCGGGCGGGUUUAACUACAGAAACAAGUGGAGCGGCGCAACCUGUGUGUGCGAGCGCGUGCGUGCUUGUUACACCCACAACAUUCAGCACUACUAGAAACCACAACACUACUGUCAUGAGUUUGUUUUUAUUCCACUGUAUACUCCAAUUUUUCUGAGUUUAUACCAUUUUGGGAGACGCGGCCUAAACAAAGAGGAUAAUCCAGUUAAUGGGAGAGGAAGGUGACUGUGAGGACUUCCAAAGUGCUUUUAUUUGUCUUCCAGCUAUUCCCAGAAACUCUGAGCACGCUGAUGAGCAUUUCCUUCAACCGCAUCACGUGAACCUGCAUGUCAUUGUUGUAGUUGCUGGCAGUGGAACAAAAACAGCGCAGGUUUCUAAAUUGGGAGAAAUGGAGAAACAACGGCUAAAACAGUGUAAACCUUUGAAAUAUAUGUAUAAUUUUUUUUUUUUCAUGUUGCACUGUAUUGCACGGCACUGUAAACCAGAAGUGAGCGUGGAUUGCGCUGUACCUCAACCUGGUGAGCGACUCGGUUAUCGCACAGAACAAAGCACGAGCCUCCCUGAAGUACAGUGUACAUCCUGAACCACUUGAUGUUACUGUGAUGGAUCAGUUUUACAAGCAUGUGCUGUUACAUUUCUAUCUUCAUAAUUAAUUCUGCUGGUUUUAUUUCUUUUUUUUUUUUCUUUUUCAUUGUAGGUCAAGGUUAAAAAACAAAUGUGAUUGCAGAGGGGUCGUAGUAAAUUGUAGCUCCUGACUAAAAAGACCAGUGGUGUUUGUUUAGCGUUAACACACUCCAUGAUGUCAUGAAGUGCAGACGGCAGCACGUUACUGUCUUUCACAUAUUUGACAGUGUUAGAGAAAAUCAGUGUUAAUUUACUUUCAUUGAAGGUCGUUAUAUGAGAAAGAGAAGAACGCUGGUCUCCAGCUUGUGGAUUGUGUCGACUUGUUGUUUUUUUUUUGUUUUUUUUUUAUAGCCAGUCUUUUUUUAUAUGAGGUGAUGUGAUGUCUAUUUUAAAACAAGGUUUGUAUAACAGACGAAUAAUUUGCUCUUGCGUCGCAGCUGCUUUGUUACAGAGAGCAGUAUUAAAGAAGAAGAAAGGAGUAAUGAGAUGGAGGAGUUGUGUAAAAUAAGAAAAGACAACAGAUCUGCCUUCAUUUCUUUUUAUUUCUUACAUUUUAUAUAUUUUGUUAGAAGUCUGCAUUCUGGGGCGUGCUGUUGAAAAAUGAGAACACUCGAAGCAGAAUGGGACCAAAUGACUUCCAUUGUGCUGCAGUGACUUGUGUUGUUCAUUGAAAGGAAAAAAAAAAAACAGGCAAUGGUUGCACCAACUACUUGGUUUAGGUAAACACACGUCUUAAAAAAAACAACUCUUGGUGUUUAACCUUUUCAGUAUAUCCAAAUGUUUGAAGCUAUUUUGUAGUUUAGUUUCAUUUUUUCAGAGUUCAUGGAUAUCUAAAUGGGUUAUGAUGCUAGAAUACUGUAACACUAAGGAGAAUACAUUAUUUUGAUGGCUUUGUAUUACACCGAUGUCAGUGUCCAAAUAUAAUGCAAUAACAUCCACGCA